AUGACGCAACUAUCGUCACUAACAUUUCGUAAGACAUUAAGCGACUUCGCUGACAAGACGGCUUCGAACACUUUUGACCAAGUCGCUAGCAUACUUGCAAACGAGUUGAAAGUAAACAAUAUUCUUACUAAACUUGAUCUUGAAGGGAAUCAAAUAUCUGAGAGAGGAGGUGAAGCGUUGGCAGAAGCGCUGAGACUAAACAACACUCUGACUCAACUUGAUCUUAGAGGCAAUCAAAUAUUCGAUCGAGGCUGCGAAGCACUGGCAGAAGCACUAAAAGUAAAUCACAGUCUGACUCAGCUGGAUCUUAGCUGGAACCGAAUAUCCGAGAGAGGAGGUAACGCACUGGCGGAAGCACUAAAAGUGAACAAUAGUCUCACUCAACUCUGUCUUGAAGGAAACGAUAUACGCGAUAAAGGCGGUGAAGCACUCGGUGAAGCACUAAAAGUAAACUGCACUCUCACUAAGCUAGAUCUAGCAAAAAACGGCAUGCAGGAAAGAGGUGGUGAUGCAGUGGCAGAAGCGCUAAAAGUAAACAAUAGUCUCUCUCAACUUGAUCUUAGAUGGAACGGAAUAUCCGAGAGAGGAGGUGAAGCACUGGCGGAAGCACUAAAAGUAAACAAUAGUCUCACUCAACUUGAUCUUAGAUGGAACGGAAUAUCCGAGAGAGGAGGUGAAGCACUGGCGGAAGCGCUAAAAGUAAACUAUAGUCUCACUCAACUCUGUCUUGAAGGAAACGAUAUACGCGAUAAAGGUGGUGAAGCACUCGGAGAAGCACUAAAAGUAAACAAAACUCUCACUAAGCUAGAUCUUGCAAAGAACGACAUGCGGGACAGAGGUGGUGAUGCACUGGCAGAAGCACUAAAAGUAAACAAUACUCUCACUCAACUUGAUCUUAGAUGGAACCGAAUAUCCGAGAGAGGAGGUAAAGCACUGGCAGUAGCAGUCAAACUAAAUAACAGUCUGAUUCAACUUGACCUUGAAGGGAACGAAUGCGGGAUAGAGCACUCGGAGAAGCACUAA